UUAUAGGGGAGGCUGCUCCUUCCUCUAUUUGAGAGUGGGGAAUGCGGCGUGACUCUUCGUACACCGCUUUCCGAUUCUCAAAAAAGCUUCCGUGAUGGUUGUUUGUCAAACUUGUGGUGAUGAAGGCAAAUUGAAACUUCUUGCUUAUUGUUCCCAAUGCCAAGUAUCUGCUAACCACUGGUAUUGUUUAGAAAAGAUGCCAAAAACUCGAGAGGAAAAAGUCACUUGGAUAUGUGAAGAAUGUUCUAAGGUUAGUCCAAACAUAUGCAGAAAAAGUGAACGCAUACGUUUAAGAGUGGAACAAGCUACUAAAGCUAAAAUAGAUAAGAAAAAGCGAAAGGGCAUGAAGUUCAUUGCAACUAAGGCACAAGUUCUUUUGGAUGAAAAUAAAGCCAAUCAACUAAGGAGUGAUCUUUCUCUCCCAAAUAAGGAGAUUGGGAAUCACAACUAUUUCAAUGAAACUCAUGGGAAUCAAGGGCAUAUAAGAAGAAGAAGAUUAGUCCUCCAAGAAGAUGAGAAUGGUUUUGAUGAGGAGUCCAAAUCAGUUAAAGCUUCUCAAUUAGGUUUCAAUGAUCAUGAUAAUAAGUUGAUUAUUGAUGAUUCUUAUUUCUUAAAUAAUGAGAUGGGGAAUCAUUAUUUUUUUAAUGGUAUUCCUAAGAAAGAGUUUAGAAAACCAAAAAAUAGGUUGACCGUCCAAGAUAAGGGUCAUCCUGACAAAGGUGUCUAUGACGGCAUGUUGAAUAUCACAUACACUCUACCAUUCAUGGAAUCACAUAACAACAUCUUUGCACAACCAACAAUUCAUCCAAUUUGGAGGGGGUGCUUUAGUAUAAAAAAUGAGAAACAUGAAAUCAUUAUUCGACUUGUGGCCCAUCUAUCAAGUAAAGCUUGCCCUAAUGUGUUUUAUGUAGCAAGUACACUUCAACCAACAAUUAAUGUUCAAAUUUUGCCCAAAUUUGAUACAUGGCCUAGUAGUUUCCAAAUGUCACCACCUACAGAUGGUGAUAUUGGUCUUUAUUUUUUUCCGCAACAUGAAAGAGAUGAAAAAGUUUUUGACAUGCUAUUGGAUGAAAUAAUUAACCUUAAGUUGGCUCUUAAGGCAAUGAUAAGUAAUACCGAGCUUUUGGUUUUUUCUUCUCAAGAAUUGCCACAACAACAUUGGAGAUUUCUAAGGAAAUAAUAUUUAUGGGGUGUCUUUAGGGUAAAGCAAGUUCAUUCCUAGUAGGUUAUGCCAUGCUUUCCAAAAUUAGAAAUAAGAUUGGGAAAGUGGAGAAGGAAAUUUUUUAGAAUUGAAUAAAUUGCUCGUAGAGUCCUUGAAGCACAGAGUAUUGUUGUUCAUCCUAAAAUGUAAGCUUGUAUUAAGGGAUCAACAUGAAUAGAAGAAUGUACAACUAACAAGUGAUGUGUGUCAACAUAUAAGCAUCAAGAAAAAAAGGUUUAUGAAUGUGGCUUCUUAUGGAAAAAAAGUCAAUGAAGAAAAUGGAGAAUGCAAGCAUGACUAUAAUUGCACUCCACUCUUGAAUUAAUGUGGAAGGAAAUUUCUCAUCACAAUAAAUGUUGGGUAGGGUAUUAGUGCCAUGCGUUUG